AUGAAGGUCGAAAUCCAACCUUCCAACCCCGAUUGGCCAAUCAAAUUCCGCGAAAUAAAGAGCACGAUCCAAAAAGUCCUCGCAGAUGUGACAAUCGUUUCAAUCGAGCACGUUGGAAGCACGUCAAUCCCAUGUCUCAGAGCCAAGCCUGUCAUUGACGUCGACAUCAUAAUCCAACCUUCUUCCCUCGCAGCAGCACGGCGUGCCCUCAGUGCUGCGGGGUACACAGACUGUGGCGAAAUGAACGUCCCAGGACGAUUUGCGUUCCGAGAACCAGGAUAUGGAAGAUACGACGCCGCUCACGGCCUAGGUAGAGACGGAGAACUGCGGCAUAACACCUACCUCAUUAUUCAAGGAUGCCCGGCUCUGAGGAACCACCUCGAUAUAAAACGAAUCUUGCUUCAAGAUGAGAAUUUGCGCGAGGAAUACUCUGCGACCAAGGGAUUGCUAGCAGAAGGCGAGUUCGAAAAUAUCGGCCAGUAUGCGAGUGCUAAAACGGAGAUUCUUUGCAAGAUUCUGCGGAAGGCUGGGUGGAGUGAGGAGGACCUGGAGCCUGUGAUCCAAGCUAACAGCUGA